ACGGGCUUGUUAUUACCACCGGUAGAAUAUAUGCAUUCGAUGUUGUUGUUUAUAGCUAUUUAUAGCCAGUCUAGUCUUUCCAUUCUAGGCCUCACGUUUGUCCUGUCUCCAGCUCUACGUGUCGCCGCCGGCCUUCUAAAAGCAGCGACAUGCAGAAGUGAGGUUCACAAAGACGCAGAUGUGCAGACCAGGAAUGCAGCACGGUAGAUAAGGCCGGGUCAAGUGCCUCUCAAAAUGUUUGGGGCUCAGACAGGGCUGCGCAAUUGGCACCUCCUUUAGAUUAAAUGUCGGAUGGAAGAAAUUGCGAGGUGUUUGUCCGGCUGAAACCUGAUUAUGCACCUAGACCUGUGGGAAGCAAAAGAGAAGAAGGGGAUAAGGAGGAAGAGGAAGAAGACAAGAAAGAGGGCUUGCAAAAAUCGUCUUUAGAGUUCUCUACCCUUGAUGAAACUUCACCAGGAACCUGGAAUGUCAGAUCCAUGAAUCAAGGCAAGCUAGGCGUGGUCAAAAAAGAGAUGACAAGACUUAACAUCAACAUCUUAGGAAUCAGAGAACUAAAAUGGACAGGAAUGGGUGAAUUUAAUUCAGAUGGCCAUCAGGUAUACUACUGUGGACAAGAAUCCCUCAAAAAAAAUGGAGUAGCCUUCAUAGUCAAUAAAAGAGUAGGAAAAGCAAUCCAAAAUUGCAGAAUGAUCUCAGUUCAAAUCCGAGGCAAACCAUUCAAUAUUAUAGUAAUCCAAGUCUAUGCCCCAACCACUGGUGCUGAAGAGGAUGAAAUAGACCGGUUUUAUGAAGCCCUUUAGCACCUUAUAGAAUUAACACCAAAAAAUGAUGUCCUUAUCAGGGGGGAUUGGAAUGCUAAAGUAGGAAGCCAAAAGAUAACCAAAAUAACAGAUAAGUUUGGCCUUGCAGUACAAAAUGAAGCAGGGCACAGGCUGAUAGAAUUCUGUCAAGAUAAUACGAUGGUCAUAGCAAACACUCUUUUUCAACCCAAGAGAUGACUCUACACAUGGACAUCACCAGACGGUCAACACAGAAAUCAGAUUGACUAUGUGCUCUGCAGCCAAAGAUGGAGAAGCUUUAUGCAGUCAGUAAAAAUAAGACCAGGAGUUGACUGUGGCUCAGAUCAUGAGGUUCUCCUUGCAAAAUUUAGGCUUAAAUUGAAGAAAGUAGGGAAAAGCUCUAGGCCACUCAGGUAUGAACUAAAUCAUAUCCCUGAUGAAUAUACAGUAGAGAUGACAAAUAGAUUUAAGGAAUUAGCUCUGAUAGACAGAGUGCCUGAAGAACUAUGGACGGUGGUUCGCAACAUUGUACAAGAAAAUCUAGGAGAGGAGGUAACGCUUGAGCAGAUUUUCCCAGAAAGUAGAAAUAAAGAACUGGAACAGCCAUCCUGA